AUGGCCAAGCAGACCAAGAACGUAUGGGACUUGAACAAGGCGGAGUUGAUCAAGCUCGCCUCGGAGGAAGGGAUUGUGUGCCACAGCAGUUGGACGACGGGAGAGAUCAGGUCACUGAUCCAGGAGAAGCGCACGACGGAGAAGUCCUCAGUCCCGAAGGGGCUGGCCAACAUGACCCUGGACGAGCUGAAAAGGAAGAUGACCGAGUUGGGUCUGGUCAUCCCGCCGAAGCCGACGAAAGGGCUACUGGCACGAAUGAUUCGCGACUCUACCAAGUCGGCCGCGGAGGAAGUCGUCUGCUUCGGGAGGUACAAGAACUACAUGUACAAGGAAGUGCCGGAAGGGGAGAAGUUCAACCCGGUGGACGUCGAGGACCCGGAGACGAAUGCGGCCGUGAAGUACAUCCCUUCGGAGGUGGACUCCUGGAGCGACGGCUACUCAUCGAGGACCGACGACUACGAGACCAAGCCGAUGAACCAGGACGUGCCCCCGGAGGUGCUGGAGGAGUGCGGCGGUGGAGAAGGCCGUUACCAGGACUGUGCGGAGGACGUAGACUUCCCGAUGUCGCACGAGCACUACGAAGGCCGGUACCAGGACUGUGUGGAGGAUGUAGACUUCCCGAUGCCCUACGUGUACCACGACGACACCGCCGAUGACACGUUUCAGGACUGCUUUGAGGAACACGUCGAGGUGGCCAAGGACAUUGAGACCCUCGCCAAAGAUCUUCUACGAGUCGGGGAUUUUUGGUCGGAGGCUUGCAGAGAGCUAGCCGCGAAGCUUUGUUUGUGGCAAGGUGCUUGCAAGCGCAAGAUGCUCAACGGUGUCGGCAGAGCCGUGGCCCUUGGAGCAUUUACUCAUGGGGGAGUCCAUGGAGUUAUCAACAACACCUACAACCUCAAGCACACGCUUCGCUACAUCAAUAAGUUCUUGCGGUCCAAAGGAGCGAAAGGGAGAUGGUCUUCUGUGAGCAUCGGGCUGAACACUCAGCCUGGGAUCCACCGCGAUGCCCACAAUAUCGACUACAACCAGACGAUCACUUUAGGCCCUAAUCGUGGGGGCCGACUGUGGAUCGAGGACCCUAAGGACGAGAUACCUGGCGAGGCCCACGGCGUCAAGCUCCCCAACGGCAAGAACAUCGAUGGGAAGUACGUCGACACUGUGGACAGUGUCUUUGCUUUCGAUCCCCACAGGCGUCACUUUGUGGAGGACUGGGAUGGCAUCAGGGUGAGCAUCACGGCGUACACCGUGAGGGGCAUCAAUGCUAUUGGGACUGAGGAACGAGAUCUACUACGAGCGCGAGGUUUUCCUUUGAAGGCUACAGUGUCCGCCGUUGCCGACGAUCACCAGAAGGACGCCUACGACAAAGAGACCCAGCUGAGGCCAAAGAGCAGUGUGAGGAAAGGCCUGUGGAGAAGUGCCAUCAAAGCGAGCGCCAUGAUCACCAUGACUAUGUCGGCGGCAAGCAGCUACAUCUCGGAGACUUUCGCGAGGCCUGCUGAUGAUAGAGUGGCCAUCCUUGAGAUUGGUGGCACCGAGCAGACGUACUAUGCGGCCGAGAUCGGCGCCAUAGUCUCCGAGCCCCUCGAUUACGACUACAUUCAGGAGUUCGGCGCUGGGGCGGUGUGUUCACACAUCGAGGACGUAAGGCCUCGGGUACUAUGGCUACACCCGACAGCCAUCCGUGGGAAAAAGACCCCAGGACUCAAGCAGCUCGUGGAGGCUCAGUUGUCCGGUGGCGGAGAUGUUGUAUGUGAAGCAAGAGAUCACAUUGCAUGGUGGCGAGACUCCGAGGUUGGCGAAUAUCUCGCUGACAUACGAGAACAUGAAAGAGAAGAAGGAGGUAGACUUGUUCUUCAUCUACGACAACCAGAACAUGAUCCCGAGACCGUCUAUGUCGUCAAUGGUGAUGAAAAUACGACGAAGACCAGAGAGGACAAGAAGGGGGCAAGCGCUAUCCGCUUCGAUUCCAAAGUUGCCCCGCAUAUACGUGCAGCACUCACUCGGCUGCAUCAGAACCUCGGCCACCCCGCGGUCCAUGACUUGGUCCGCCACCUUCGACUUGCGGGUGCGGAUGGAGCCGUGAUCUCUGCAGCGAAAUCCCUCCGCUGCGAAACUUGCCAUAGAUGCCAGAGAACAGCGGCCUCAAGACCGGCGAGUUUGCCCACUAUGCUGGAUUUUAACCAGGCCGUGGCGGUGGAUGUUUUUCACGCGUUCGACUCCGAACAGGUCCGGCAUGAAUUCCUUUCUGUCAUUGACCUCGGCACUCAGUACCACCUGGUGAAGAAAAUUGAUGGUCACAGUGGCCAGGACUUCGAGAUCAAUUUCGUGGACCUUUGGAGUCGCACGUUCGGGACACCGACCGUGAUCGCAGCAGAUCUAGAAAGUGGUCUGCAAGCCGGCCUGGCGAAGUACGCUGACUUCUCCGGUGCUAAGCUGAGGCCUUCCGCUGCCCAGGCGCACUUCCAGCAGGGAGUCGUGGAAAGACACGGCCAAUGGUGGCAGGACAUCUUCAUGAAAGUCGUCGACGAACAUUCUGUUACAGAUGAGGACGUGGCUCUAGCAGUUUCCUCUGUCAAUGAGGCGAAGAAUAACCUAUGUAGACGACAUGGGUUUUCCCCGGCACAGGCCGUCUUUGGCAGAGAAGUGAAAGCUCCGGAGGACUUAUGUGGAGGCAACGACGAAGAGAUGGUCCUGGAUAUCUUGACGACGGACAAAAGGAGGCAACGCGAGGUCGCGAUACGGACAGCAGCCCGUCUCGCCUUCUUCAGGUCGCAGGUGGACACGAAGUUGCGGAGGAGUUUGAUCCAGAGAGCUCGCGUGAAGAGAUCCGAGUACGCCCCCGGGGAAAUGGUGUGCUUCUUUCGGCACGACAAAGCCAGUACAAAGAGAGGAAGAUGGCGUGGUCCUGGUCUGGUGCUGGGACGUGAAGGACCCAACUGGUGGGUCAGCUACGCUGGAAGGUGCCAUCUAUGCGCAGAGGAACACAUGCGCCCCAGCACUGCCGAGGAGGUCGGGGACGCAUUCACCUCUAGAGUGGCCCGUGCAGAUCUUGAGAAGUUGCUUUUCAGCGAUCCUCAUGAUCCCAACAGCUAUGCUGGCAACGAGGAGGAGGACUAUGAGGAACCCGGCGAUGAUGAAAAUCUUUAUCGCGGAUGGGACAUCGUCGUCGACGAGGACGAGCACAUGGAGUCGGUCGAGCACAAGCAGCAGACGACGGAGGUUCCAGACGAGGAGCUCGACCAGGUCCUGGAGACCCCACCCGAGCUCCACGAGAAGCAGUCGAGAGUCCUGAGAAGGGCCAGGCACAAGCAAGCGGGACGACCCAAGCCGUAUCCGGUCUACAUGCUCAAGCAGUGCUUCACGGAGCACUCCAAGGAGAAAUCGCCUCCAGUCGACGAGCUGGACCUGAUCCAUGGGAAGCCGGCGCAGGAGAUCAUCGGACGAGUGGAGUUCGCCUACGAGGGGAACACCUACAAGUUGGGACAGACUUCUGUGGCGAUCCGACUC